ACGGAUUCAUUAUGUCUUCUGGAGGUCUUCUUCUCCUGCUGGGACUCCUCACCCUCUGGGCAGAGCUGACCCCCGUCUCCAGCCAGGACCGUCCAAAGCUUUGUCAUCUUCCUCAUGAGGCCGGACCAUGUCAAGUGUAUAUCCCUCGCUUCUACUACAACUCGGCUUCAAACAAAUGCCAACAGUUUAUUUAUGGUGGAUGCCAGGGAAAUGCCAACAAUUUUAAGACCAAAGAUGAAUGCCACUUCACCUGUGUUGAAAAACCUGGAGUGUGUCCCCAGGGCCCUCAAAAACAUCCUUGUCUUGCGAAGUGUCAAAAUGACUGGAAUUGUCCUGGGAUGCAGAAGUGUUGCCGUUAUGGUUGCCUGACUGAGUGCAAGGAUAUUCUCUAUGAGACGCAUGCAUCACCAACAAGGAGACCCACCAGAAUUGGAACUACUGUACGAACUUGACCCAAAGAGCCUUCUUCUGUCCUGGACCACCCUGGAGACCCUCCCCCCAAAACCCACCCUGGGCUCAUUCCUUCUUCUCUGCAAUAAAAGUUUGGUUCCAGCUGC